AUGGGCACGCGCGGGCCCUACCCGCUGGUGGACACCACGCCGGCCAAGACCAUCCUGGUGUACCGCAACGGAGACCAGUUCUACGUGGGCCGCAAGUUCGUGUUCUCGCGGCGCCAGGUGGCCAACUUCGAGGUGCUGCUGGAGCAGCUGACGGCGCAGGUGGACGUGCCGUUCGGCGUGCGGCGCCUCUACACGCCCACGCGCGGCCACUCGGUGCACGAGCUGGACGCGCUGCAGACGGGCGGCAAGUACGUGGCGGCGGGCCGCGAGCGCUUCAAGAAGCUCGACUAUAUCCAUAUAGUUCCCAGAAAGCCCUCCAAGAUGAGGAAGUUGAAGGAAAUAAAGCCGGUGGUGCACUGUGACAUGAACGUGCCUUCCAGGUGGCAGUCCUAUCACCGCCUUUCCCGAAACAUUAAUGUUUUCACAAAUGGAAGAAUAUUUAUUCCACCCGUAAAAAUUAUUAUACCCAAAUUCAGCCUGACAGACUGGAAUAGCGUGCUGGCCACGAUUGGAGAAAAAGUCUUCCCCUGGGGAGGUGUUCGAAAAUUAUUUACUUUGGAUGGACAUCUUCUGGACAACUCACAGGACUUGCAAGACAGUCAAUUCUAUGUUGCUGCAGGACUGGAGAAUUUCAAAAGCUUUCCAUACUGGAGGUCCCCAAACGUUCCCAUCGAGGUCCAAGAAAAGUACUCAGACAUGGAAAGACACCUGCAGAAAAAGAAGAAGGUGACUUCUAAAGAAAAAGAGCCUCCUAAAGAUGAGAGCGUACCACCUAGAACUCAGGAUUCUGUUUACUACGCCAAACAAGGAAAGAAGAAACCGCUGGCAGACCCUCUAGUCCAAAUGGGCACAGGUGAUGUGUAUAGAGCCCAGAAGCCCACCAGGGACACCCAAGGGGCACCGGACGUCAAGGAGGACCAGGACGUGCAGGUGGAGGUGCCAGUGGACCAGGCCCCCGCAGAGGUGGUUAAAGAAGAUGAGGAGUCAGAAAGCACCCGUGACUUUGAAGGCAUCCAGGAAAAAGAAGAUGAAAAGAUUUUUGAAGAUAUUAAAAAUAAGCCAACCCCCAUGUCUCUGGAAGCCRAUGAAGGUGGUGUUCACUGGCUGCUCCAGGAUGGAAACCAGAGGAAGAGGCCUCCCUGUCUGCGCCUGCUCAGGCUGCUGCAGCAGAACACCGUGGAUGGGGUAGCUCCUAAGCAGCAGGCCUGCUCCCAGGUCUGA